AUGACAUCUGGUAAUCAAAAUGCCGUUGAGGAAUUGAUUACUUGUGCGAUUUGCCAAGAAAUAUUCAAUGAUCCUCGUGUAUUACCAUGUUCACAUACAUAUUGUCAUAAAUGUAUAGAACAAAUAGCUUCAGCUAAUAAUGAUCAAUUUGAAUGUCCACUUCGUGAUGGAUUUAUUCUAUCUAAAAAUGAGAUUGAUACAUUGCCAGUAAAUAGAAUUGCACGUGAUAUGAUCGAAAUAUAUGGUUCAAUUCGAAAGUCAACUCAAUGUUCCAAUUGUCAUACUGUUAUGGGUGAAUAUGGAUGUGAUAAAUGUGAAAAUGAAACAUUCUGUUCCGAAUGUUAUCAAACUGUUCAUACACCGCGUGUAAUGCAGAAACAUCAACAAAUUCCAAUCAAUGAAAGACAAGUUGAAAUCAUUUUCUGUAGCGUACAUUUAGAUGAAAAAGUUAAAUAUUGGUGUACAACAUGUAGAACAUUUGUUUGUACUGAUUGUAUAUUACUCGAACAUAAAGACCAUCAGUAUAAUUUGAUAAAUAAAAUUGCAAAAGAAUUAGAAAUAAAGAUGACAAAUAAUUUCAAUGAUAUUCAAUUAACUGUCGAAAAUAAAAUAAAUCGAGCAAAUGAAUUAAUAAAUAAUUGUGAUAAUAUCGCUCAAAUUAAUAGAACAAAAGUUCGUGAUAUUAUGACAUCUUUACGUGAUACAAUUGAUAAACAUGAACAGGAAUUACUAAAAGAAAUUUCAACAAUUGAAAUAGAACACAAAAAUCAAAUAGAAGAAUAUAAAACUAGAUUGAAAUAUGAACCACAAAAUUUAAGUAUGCAAAGAGCAGCUUUGAAUAUACUUCUUACAACUAAAAAUUAUGCAAAAUUAUUAAAUGCUACACAAGAAUUCGAAGAUUAUAUUAAAAGAACCAAUGAAAUAUUACAAACAAUAAAUAUUCCAAAUGCAACUAUUUAUGAAUUAACAGGAUUUGAUCAAUUAGAAGUAAUUAAAAAACAAAUUCUUCAAUGUGGACAAUAUAUCAACAAUAAUAAUAAUUCACAAUUGAUUCUUAAUAAUGAUCACAAAGAAAAAAAAUUAUUACAUUCUACGAAAGAAAAUCAUAAUUUACUUACCGUAGCAACAAGUAAUGAUUUUCCUAAUUAUAUGUAUCUACCAAAAGAACAACGUCAAAAACAACUCUGCCGUAAAUAA